AUGAACAAUCAUUUUAAAUAUUAUUUUCUUCAGCAAACUGAACAACAUUUACCAUCGAAGAUCAGUAAAAAUUUUAGUUCCUUUCAAGCAGAUGAAAGAAAUAACCGCGGUGAGACUCUCAUCAUGUCAGUUGUCAAAUAUGAACCAGAUUUAGCUAAUCAAAUUCGACAUAUCAAUUUGUUAGUUCGUUAUGGAUGUGACCCAUCUGAACCAGAAACACGGCAGAAUCGAACACCAUUAAUGGUCGCCUGUUUGAUGAGAAAUGAACGAAUUGCACGCCACCUAAUAUCGCUAAAUGCGAAUUUGUUAAUUGCUGAUAAGAUGGGGAAUACAGCUUUGAUGUAUGCCGUUUUGUAUUCAAAUUCUUCGCUUGUGAACUUUAUUUCUGAUACACUAUUUCGGAAAUCAUGUAUCGAAGCAUUUCGGGCUAAGAAUUUGUUGGGAGAAACAGCUGAAAUUUUGGCCAGAAAAAAUGAAAAAUUUUUAUUGUCAAUGCUGAUAAAAAAAUAUCGCCUAAAGCUAGUGAAAGAACUUAACAAUUGUGUACAAUGGAAUAGUUCACAAGCUCAAAAAUACUCAUCAUGGAAUCUUUUUUUUAUACUAUUCAAGGUAAUAUAUAUAUUUAUAAAACUAGAAGAAUUCUUUUUGUUCUUUUAA